UCAGUCCGGUAGAGUCUGCCGUGGGUUUCGUACGGACGCCCGGCCUCGUGGAUGUUGCUCUAAUCCGGACCGACCGGCUCUCCAGUCCUGUGCCGAGGAUAAAAUGGAAAAAGGCGAUGUACCUCCUCCAAUUACUUCAGAUAUCCCAGCGCCACCAUAUCCUGGUCCCAAUUUGGUCCACAAUGUAGCUCUCAAUCAGUCUGAACCCCAGCCUGUUAUUCAGCAAAAUCCCCAACCAGUUGCUCAGCAAUAUCUCCAGCCUGUUGCUCAGCAAUAUCCCCAGCCUGUUGCUCAGCAAUAUCUCCAACCUGUUUCUCAGCAGUACCAGCAACCUGUUGCUCAGCAAAAUCCCCAGCCUGUUCAACAUGUUGUACAACAAAAUCUAAAUGCCCAGCCAGUGACCCAACAGGUGGCUCCACAUGUGAGGCCCACCGAUGUUCCAGGAAGAAUGCAAUGUCAAUAUUGCCAGAUCCCUGUUGUGACGUCAACCGAAUACAAAGUGGGCAUGUGCACCUGGUUAAUUGCUGGAGGCCUUUGCAUUUUCGGAAUCUGGCCCUGCUGUUUGAUCCCCUUCUGUGUGCCGUCUUGCCAGGAUGUGCAGCAUUCCUGCCCGACAUGCAACAACGUUCUUUACAUCUACAAACGCAACUAAAGAAUAAUAUUGAAUCCUGCAUUGAGUGAAAUGUCUGCUGA